AAAAAAAUGGUUUCAAUAAAUCUCAUUUCAAUUCUCAUGGUAUUGGCUCUGGUUUGUUCCACACAAGCGGAAUUUUCAUUGAAAGCAACUUCAGUGGACAGCAGAAAACAAACUUCACUGAACCUAGUGUCAACCGAAGUUAAUGAAUGGGGAAAGACUCUGUAUAGCUAUGUGUGUACAGCGGGUGAAAAUAAGACAGAAUCUCUCGGUUGCUAUGUAAAAAGUUCGAAUGACUGGCCAAGGGAUCAAAAUUUGGAAUUGACCGCCAGCUGUGACAAAAGUUCCGAGGCCAAGAGCAUACAAUAUGUUGAAACCCUGUUUGUAGUAUCGACCCAAAAUGUGGCCUGUAGCAUUUCGUCGGGCAGCAUGCGUAGCACUUAUGUCGAAGUGAAAGUCAAUGUUUGGGGCACUGCAGCCUUGAAUUACACGUCUUUGUUUUACACAAAUUAAAUAAAUUCGAUUAAGAAAAAA